UCUUAUCUUCUUAUCAAGUAGAUUUAAUUUCGAAAAUAUGUACAAUUACUCAUAGAAUGCCAGGUUUUAAUCAGUGUAACUAAAGUAAAAUAUUAAACACACGAUGGAUCCGAAUGAAGGGACUAGCAGAGAUCGUGCUCAAAUUUCCACAAUCGCUGUGCUCGAUCUGGAAACUACAAACCUACCUGCCUAUUGUAACAACCGGGUUGGAAUUACAGAACUGUGCAUUCAUGCAUUUGAUGCAGCUCUCUUGAAGCAACCCAAUGAUAAGGUGGAUGGGAAAAAUGGUUCGAAUCCUAUCCUGCCACCGCCACCGCGAGUGGUGCAUAAAUUAAACCUGCUGUUUCAGCCCUCCAUGAUGAUGAGCCCGGAGGCAGAGAACACCACUGGUUUGAGUAACUAUCUUCUGGAACGCGAAUCAAAGUUCAGCAAGGAUUCCGUGGGACUAAUACUCAGUUUUCUGAAGCACUUGCCAGCUCCAGUUUGUCUAGUGGCGCACAAUGGUUGGCAUUUCGAUUUUCCGAUUUUCAAGCAGGCCCUGGAGAAGCACAUCGCGGAAAUUCCCUCCUCCGGACUCCUACCUGGAGUAACUUGUCUGGAUUCGCUUCGUGCGUUUUUGGAGAUAGACGAUAGGUGCCACGAAGAAGACAGCUUGUUGGAAAUGCCAGAGAUAGCUUGUGAGGAAGCUGAACCAGAAAAGGAAGCUGAUACCGCUCAGGAUAGUGGGCUUUCAGAAAAACAGGAGCUCUCUGAAGAGAUAGAAAAUCAACCAUUCCAGGAACCAAAACCAGUAAAAGAGAUUGAUUGGAGAAAGAUGAAUGAAACCACUCCCAAGCGACCAGUGAAACGCAGUGAAGCUGAUUUAAAGAGCCGAAGACCAUUUGAUGAGGAUGAGGAGCCCUCUACACCGAAAAGAGGGAUAAAAGAAUUUCGGUCGCGACGUCAGUUGUUCAGUGGACUAGAAUGUGCAAAAACUCAACGCUUCCCUCCUCGUUUAAAAUACCGAUUGGGAAAUUUAUACUCGAGCAGGUUCAAUCUUCCAGCAACAAAUGCUCAUCAGGCGGAGGCUGAUGUGGUCAUGCUGACGUCGCUUAUACAGCAUUACGGCAUUGACUUCCUGGCUUUUGCCGAGGAGCAAGCGAUUCCAUUUGACACUGUCGUGUCCCUGGGGACACCUAAGAAGCGAUGACCCUUGCAUGCUUAUAACCCUAUUUUAGCCCAACUAUUUUAUCGUGUAUAUUUUUUAUAUAUUUUUAAAUCUAUUAAGAUGUUUUCAUCAAAUGCAAUCUGAUAUUUACAAAUAA